UUCCUGUGGAAAUUAAAUUAAGCUUUAACAUAAUCAUAAUCUGAGAAGAUGGGGAGACGACCAUGCUGCGACAGAGUAGGAUUGAAGAAGGGGCCAUGGACGACCGAAGAAGACAGGAAGCUUGUCAACUUCAUCUUCGCCAAUGGCCAUUGCUGCUGGAGAGCUCUCCCCAAGCUUGCAGGUCUGUUAAGGUGUGGGAAGAGUUGCAGGCUGAGAUGGAUCAACUACCUGAGGCCUGACCUCAAGAGAGGUCUCUUGUCCGAACAGGAAGAGAAGCUGGUCAUUGAUCUGCACGAGCAGCUCGGCAACAGAUGGUCGAAGAUUGCUUCUCAUAUGCCGGGAAGAACGGAUAAUGAGAUCAAGAACCACUGGAACACCCACAUCAAGAAGAAGCUCAGAAAAAUGGGCAUUGAUCCACUCACCCACGAGCCAUUACUGCCUCCGACGACGUCGACGACGACUGAUAAUCAUCAUCGUGACCGGACGAGUCAGAGCCAAGAUCAACAGGAGGAGGAAGAAGGCGGCGGCCCACUUGAUUCAUCAGUGGAAGUCAAUAAUGGCGCCUUCUGCACGGAUGAAGUCCCGUUGAUUGAACCCCACGAGAUCAAUCUGGGAACUUGCGCCCCUUCAUCGUCGUCGUCGGCUUCGUCGACUUCUUCAUGCAUUAUUAAUGAAAAUGAGAAUUCGUCCAUGAUCACCCUAAUGGAAGAUCUGGGGUUGCCAGCUUUUGACGAUGACUGGCACAACAGCAUGAUGAUGAGUUUCUGGGAUGACGACAACGACAAUUUCUUCGGUUCUUUGAAUCUGUUCGUUAAUGGCGACAGUGAUAACGAUCGCCCAAAUUUAACGGCUUCUUCUGAUCCUACACAGUGCCCAAGAAUGGUUCUUGAUCAAGAACCAUGGAAUUUGUUUGAGCUCUCGUGAAUUAUACUAUCACGAUCAGUUUUUUUUCUUUUUACUCGAAAGAUUACAUUGUCAGAAUCCCAAGAACAUGGUGAGGUUCGAUUUCAAUUCAAGUAUAUAUAUAAUCCCGUCUAGGUGUCUUUAAGUAUUCACGGUAGGCCUUCUCUCAUUUGAACCUCGUCCUUAAGACUUUAAUUAUCGCUAUGCUAUCAUAAGGUGUUAGUAUCCCUAAAUGAUAAAUCAUAGAUAUUAUCAUAUCGUUUAGAAUUUAGAUGGUUGAGUUUGAAAAUUUGGAUGUUAUCAUAUGAUUUUGUAUCAAUUAAGUUCACGGCUUAGGGAAAAACUAACUCGAAUUGCUAAUAUUUGUCGUAGGGUAA